AAAAAAAAAGCAGUUAUAUGAGAUGUUGCUGACUGUAUGAAAUUACUCACAUUCCUGUGUUUCCCUUAAACCAGUAAGCACUCUGUUCUGUCUGCAGGAACUUCCUAUAUGCUUACAGGCAGUUUCACAGCCUGUGAGCUUUCCCGCUUUUGCCUUUUCCCCCUUCCUUAAGCUAAAAUAUUAUAAAAAUUGUGUUUUCCUCAGGUACUGAACAUGUUUUAAACUGUGACUUUGCUCAGGUUUGAAUCAGGGUAAGUUUUACCCCUCUGAUGAGGAGUCCCUUAGGAGAAGCUCAUAUGGGGAAGGUUUGGCCUCCGUCGUCCAAAAUGGGGAAAACCUGACAGAAUGGGGUAAAACCUCACCCUCAGGGGACAGCCGGUGGGGUCACACAUCAGUGUCUGACACCUGGGCCAUGUCCACCGCUUGGAAUAUGCAGCUGGACAGCACAGGUGACAAGGGAUGUAGAUAUAGAGCCUGUAGAUUAGAUCAGUCGUUCACUUUAGCUGAACAUUUAAACCUACAGCUACCCCUAGGGCUUCUGUUGGCACAAGCAACAUGAAAGCAUCAGGCAAUCUGAUCUGUAACAAAGCCAUUAAAAGGUGUCCUCAAAUGAGAUUGCAUUCAGAGGUGGCAGUGACUGUUGUUUAUCACUUGUGUCACGUUAACAUAAUAUCCAUCUAGAAUUUCACAUGGGAUAUAUCCCUAGCGGUUAUAAUUGAAAAGCAAACACACAGAACCCACUGUAUUCAAUACAGUUUUCAUUUAGUCUCAGAUAUAGACCACACUCAGCCUAACAACAGCAACAAGGAAAAUGUAAUCAAACAAUUAACCAAUCAGAUAAAUUUAAUAAAUCAAACUUCCUGCAAAUUUUUUUUAAUGUAUUUUCUUUCUGUUACCAAGAGUCUACAAUAUGUUAAGUGUUCAAGCAAAAGGUCUUUUUGUUGUAGAAAUGUGUAUUUCUGAACUGGUUGCUGCUGCCAGGUGAAGUCAGUCGCAGAGAACGUCCCACAGCUAAAACUUGCUUCUGAUUGCUUUUGUCGCUAGCAUUGUAGUUUGCAUGGAAGACGCAGACCUGCCUUCAAACACUUGCUAACAAACCACCGAGCUUCAGCAAAAUUGAAAAAGUUGACAGCAAUUGGACAUAGAGAAAUCAAAUGCUGUGUAUUAUCGCAAAACUUUUACUUUGAAGGCGACCAAUCAUCCCUUCUACUGCAGCAGCACCGUUUCUUUGCAACCUGUUUCUUGCUAGCGACUGCCAGCAACCACUUGCCAGCCAGUCAGAGAAUACACAUUUUCCCUUGCAACCACUGUUUGUUAGAGGAUCCCCAACUGGUCUCUAGACCUGUUUGAAGACGUGGGAAAUUGAGGUUGUCAGUACCUGAUCUUACACUGAAUCCUGUUUUCAAUAUCUGUCUGUUUGAUUUUACCCAAUGAACAUUAACUUUUCUGCAGGUUAUUCCCCUUUCACUCUUACCUAUAUUUCACUGUCAAAUAAAGGCAUAAGAUGCCUUAUAACUACUCUUAAGCAGGGUUUUUCUUAGCUAAAGCAAUAUUUUGGUGGACCUCAAAGGUUUUGGACAGACAGACAUAGCCUAUGUCUUAAAAAAAUUAGCUAAAAGGAAAUCAAGGUUAGCCAAAAAGUUUUUACCUUUAUAAUCAAAAGCACUUUGAAAAGAAAAGAUAAUCUGAACCUUGCAGACUAACUUCAGCAGAGAUGGUGUGUUGUGUAGUGUUUUGUUUCCCAAGCUUUACCAACUCUGGUAGAAAAUAUCUAAACCAGGGCUCUGCCUGGCUAUUUAAGGUCUUCUCCUGGCUGUGUAAACAGGGACACUGCUUUCUGAGUGCACUUAAGACAGACAUGAAAAGCUUUAUUGAAACCGCAGGGGUUUCAAAUCUCAUUGUCCUCCUGCUGUGUAAUGUUAGCAGAAAAACCUCUUUACUAUAGAAAGAGCUGCAAUGGACUGAACUGCUGGAAGCUGUGCUUGAGUUUCGUGUUGUACGCUGUUUUUGUGUGUGAGUUUGCUGCAUGAGCUGCUGCUGUGUCCCCUUUAACCUUAGUUUUCAAAGAACUGAACUGCUGAUAUGUUAAAGUAGCCACUACAGUCAGUGGAGAGUGGUGGCACAGUGCAGUACAUUAGUCUUUACUAACCUCACUGUCCCCUCACCUGUCUUAUAAUGCGGCCACAUCAAGAGAGAGGACACCUCACCGCAGGUUUUCUGGACUCGGAGCCACUGAGAGAGGCUGAUGAAGACUUGGUGUCAGAGGUCAACCUGAGCGCCUCCAUGACAGAGGAAGAGAGGGAGGAGAUUCAGCAAGAGUUAGCUAAACUGGAAGAGGAGAUCGGCACACUGAGGCAGGUUUUGUCUUCCAAAGAGAAGCAGCAUGCAGAGCUCAAACAGAAACUGGGCAUCAGUCCUCUGAGCGAGCUCAAAACCAACUUCAGCAGAGGCUGGCACGACAUGCAGAGCUCAGUAGCCUACAAGAAGACAUCAGAGACACUUUCCACAGCGGGACAGAGAACCUCGGCAGCCUUCAGCACGCUCGGCAGCACCAUCACCAGGAAGAUUGGAGAUAUGAGAUCCAACUCCAUAGGUUACUCUAUCAGACACUCUAUGAGCAUGCCCGCCAUGAGAAACUCUCCCAGCUUCAGGUCUUUUGAAGAGAAAGUUGAGAAUACAGUUUCCACUAUCAAGACAAAGGUUGGCAGCACUGGGAGUGGGGGCAGCUUUGAGGACGUCCUGUCAUCUGCAGCGCACGCCAGCUCACAGGACACGCCCACCAACAACUUGAUGGACAGCUCCGGGAGGCAGUGUUAAGGCUCCACCCUCACCACGAGCCAGGGCUUGAACGGGAACUCGGCUGCACAUGUGUCGCAGCACUUUGACUCAAAGCUCUGACUGAAACAGUGCACAACACCUUUUGAUCCUUAGUGUCAAGGCGCUUUUGCAGAAUACGGAUUGUCUUACAACCUAAAUAAUUACAUUUACCCAAAAUGACCCCUAAGGCAGCAGUCAUCUGCUUUUAUUUUAAAAAGAUCAACUCUAAACCUCACAUGAUACGGGGACUAAUGAGAGCAAGGAGCCUAUAAUGUUUUCCUUCUAUUUAUAGUGUUGAAGGGUUUUUAGUGGAUUUGAUGAAUGCCAUCUGUCCUCCAGAGGUUUCCUAACCACGUUACACCACAGAUGUUGAUGAGAUGGGGUUGGGGAGGAGCAGCUAGCAGUUAGGCCUUAAAUGACCUGAAACACGACAUGAAACGAGUCUGAGCAGAUUACACAUCAGCUCCAGGAGACAGACUGAACCUCAACCCCGCAUAUCGAGCUGGUUCUUUCUUCUUCUUUUUUUGUCACAUUUGUGCUCAUGUAGUUCACUCGGCUGUCAGAUCACAGCUGGGUUUCCCCAGACACAAAACAAGAGGCUGAUUCCUCCGUGUGAUAUGUAAAUUUAAGACAAGUGGAAAAAGUGUCAGUAGAUGUUCAACACAGCAUCAGUUUUAUAACAGCUACCUUUCUUUAUCAGGACAGCUUAAAACUGCGGUUUCACAUCUUUACUAGAAAUAUGUUUGUGAUUAAAAAAACAAAGUCGUUUUAUAACUUAAUGCUGUAAAAAUGUGACUGUGAUCAACCUGAACAUCCUGGGUGACCUUUGUAUAAAUUAUUUUACACUACUACGGAAGAUCUAGCUCCUCAGGUUUUGCUGUGGCAUCUAAAAACAUUUUGUUGUCGGCAUUUCACGAUAUAUACUCAGCGCAUUGAUGUACACACGGGGUUGGGGAGGAGCAGCCAGCAGUGAGCUGGGAGUUGCAGCUGGGGUCUGUUUGAAUGUCUAAAUGCAAACUGUGAGAGCAACUACAGGAAGCAGUGAUGUAUUUGUGAAAAAGCAUCAGUGUAACAUGAUGUAUCAUCGGAAGCACAAUUCUUGGCUGUAAAUGUGACGCAUUAAUCCAGCGCAUGCUGUUACGCAAGUGCUGAAACUACAUGAGCUCAGAUUUGAACGAACAUUUUAUCGCUGAAAAAUUGAAUUCAGUGUCACUAUAACUUUGAAAAAUGUUGGUGCCGUAAACGAUGGGAAUGACCUUUGCAACUUUUCAAAUCUGCUCUGUGUGGCAAACUCAUUACUUUGUCUUUGUAUUAUUUGUAGUAAAUAAUCGUUUGUGUUUCGUAGUUUUUAGGUUCUCUUUCAUGUGUUAAACUUUUGUUUUUGGUCUUCUCCUAUGAGAAAAUGCUUGGCUCUGCCCUUGAAAUACAUUCAAUAAAAUCCAUAAACAGAAACAGACUCACUAAAAAUAACUCUUUCUGUUCUGUCUUUGGAAAAUUGAUUUCAAUAAACCUUUUAUGUAAUAAAUGUCUUUACAGCAUAAACACAAAAAGACAUAACUGUGACCAUCAUGUACAAUAACACUGUAUGUGAAUGAUCAAUAACUGUUUUUAUGACUUUAGUAUGUAUAAUAAAGAUUGUUUGAACCAAA